AUGCACGUCAAGUUCAUCAUCUCGGCACUCUCCAUGCUACUAGGUAGCACCGCCGCCCUUACCGAAUCAAAUCUUACAACCCACGUCGAUGUAUUAACACUCGACUAUGCCUUCAACCCCGUCAAGGCCGCCUACUGGACCGGGUACCCUCACCACCGACGAACUCCAUUCGCUGUCUCCCCCAACGGAAAAUCAGCAUACAUCGCCUACCUCGACUCCACCGAGACAGACGUCCAUGUCCAACAACUAGACCCAACCACCUUCAAAGCAACCGGCACCUCUAUCACCAUUACCGGAGGAAAAGAAGCCGGAGGCCUAGUCGCUCACAACGAUGGUUUCGCCGUCCUAGUCAACGAAGCAAUGCCAUCAGGCACCACGAACGCACCACCAGAUAACACCCCCGUCGCAGUAAUCUACAGAUACACAAACGGCAAUGAAACAUGGAAGACCUGGCUCGGUGGCCCAAACCUCCACGCAGCUGAUGGUCUCUCCGCAUCCCCCGAUAUGAACGGGGACCUGGUCUAUUCCUUGAAAUCCGAGACAUACGGCGCAUACUUCGUUGUAACCGAUUACUCUGGCGACGCAUCAGGACACUACGGCGAUAGUAUCCAGUACGUUAACACGAGUGGAGAUGUGGUUGAUAUUGAAGGCGCAAGUAGUUCUUGGGGAUGUAGCCAUAACACCGGAAUUGCAUUUAAAGAGACUGUUAAGGCUCCGUUCGCAAGUAUCUGUGCCGAAGACCAGGGUGCUAUCUGGUUGAAUACGAAAACGCAGGGAAUGACGAAUGACGGAGUCAAGAUCUCGAAUGAGAAUACCACUAAUGGUGCCUCAGGGGAACCUAUGGGUGGAAUGUCGGGGAGCUAUAGUGCUUUGGAUCGAUUUUAUAACAGUACCAGGUUUAUUUUUGCAUGGGUUUCGAGAGGUGCUAUUGAUGUUACUGAGAAUACGUGGAUGGGAGAUGGUUAUACGCAUGUUAAUAAUCGGACGAAUGGGAGGAAUGUGGCGAUUGCGUUGUUCUCAGAUAAGUAUACUUUGGUUGGGGAUCAGGCGACAUCUACCGUUGGCGAAGAGGAUGGGGAUAGCCAGGUGAAUUGGAUUACGAACGGGUCGAAUGAUUGCUCGAAUGCUCAUGUUGCUGUAUUUGAUGGGGAUUCUGCCCUGGUUACUUGGGAAGAGAUCUCGGGUCCAACCUGUGAUUUCAUUGCAAUGGGAUGUCGGGGUGAGUUUGCUGGGUCUUUCUUUCAAGAGGUGAACUCGAAGGGUGUGAAUGUUGGAGAGGCGGUUAAGACCACUGAUGUCUACGUUGCUGGUGAUAUGGUUACUAUGGGUGAUGGGCGUAUUUGUUGGCCAUAUGUUAGUAUGAAGUGGGAUCUUUCACAAGCAGUUGGGUAUGGAUCAUCAGAUACUUACAAGAAGAUGUCCAUAGCUUGUAUGGCUGUGUGA